AUGCCGACCUUCGGUCGCAUUGGACGGCACCACAACCGUUCGCAGCAAGCACUUGUUGAUCAGGGCGGAGGGGUUGCCGGCCCAGCAGCUUCACAUUCUACUGCUACACCUGCGCCGCCGCCUUCGGGGUCUGCUGCCUCCGGUCCUGGUCCUCAUUCCUCCUCCUCCUCCUCCUCCUCCUCCUCUUCGUCUCACCCUUACCCUUACUCCUCGUCCCUCGCUCCCGCGCCCGUCUCGAGUGCAAUCACAACCAACGCUGCCGCCGCCGCCGCCGCCGGCGCUAAUAAUCAGAUAACCCCCCAAUCAAUCUCGUCGACUGCCUUCAGCUCCAGCGAAUCCUUCGACACCUACCAAACCCAGCUGGCCCAUCAACAUCAACACCAACAACCACAACUUCAACACCUCCAGCAACAUCAGCCAAACCUCCCACAGCAGGGUCAGCAGGGAUCACCUGCACAGCCCCGCGAAUACCCCCCUUCCUCAACCUCCGCCGCCGCUGCUACUGCCUCGCGCAACUCUCUCCUGCUGCAGCACCAGAACCCGCCCAUUGCCGAUUUACGCCAAAGGAGUCAGCAGGAUUUUGCCGAUCCCCAGUCACAGCGCUACCAGCCUGCAGUGGCCCCUUACCCCAACAACAACAACCAAUUCAUCACUGCUGCAUCCAGCUCCGUCGACAGUCUGAGAGCAUCCGGCAACAACACCUCUCCUGCUCCCCUCCGAAGUCCAGCUCCAUCGCCAGUUCCGCCACCCGCCCCGGAGAAGCGCUCUGCGCGAAGCCGGCUCAAGCACUUCUUGGGCGGAUCGGGCCGCGACCACCACAACACCCCGCCUUCCCAACCUACCCCGCCAAAUUCCUACGAUAACACUGCUGGUCUUGUUCGCCGGCCAUCCAAAAGAGUGUCCAAUCCGCCACCCGCAAAGACUGCCUUGUCCCAACGGGCUUCGCAGCUGUCUUUGGAUCAACAAUCCGCUGACUGGCCACUUCCGGGUCCCCAUCAACAACCUUCCCAGCUGCAGGGCGUUGGCGCCAUCGAGGAUCACCGCCUGGCACAAGACCCUAACAUAGAUCCCCGUCUACAGAGCCCAGAGCCCAACCGUAACUCGGUCCGAUACGUGCCGGCCGACUUCGACAACACCUCCUACGACGACUCCGUGUACGGAGACCGACAGAAGCAGCAGGUGCCCGCCUUGCAAGAGCAGCAGCAGCAGCAGCAGUACCAACAGUUUUCCCAACAGCAGAGCGCCCAAUACCAAGCCGGGCCGCCUGCCAUCUAUACCAGCCACCUGGGUGCCGGCUCGCAUCGAAAUCCUGAGACCGUCUCUGAGUUGUCGCAUGAGUCGCCUGUCACUGAUUCAGACGCUCGCUCGGCAAUCGUUCAAUCUACCCAAUCCUCCCCCGCAGUGAGAUACGCCGUGCAUACCACCGACAGCCCGCAGCCUUCAACACUUCCUCCUUCCCAGCAAGGAACACCUCAGCCUCCCCAGCAAAAUAUGGCCCCCCCCUCCGGAGGUCCUCCCCCAAUCCGACGGUCGCAAGAGACGGAAAAGGCACUGCGCAGCCAGGUCGACGCACCUUCAGGCCCGCCGCCGAGCUACAGACAAAACCCGUCAAUGCCUCCUGCUGCUGGCGGCGCUGCUGCAGCUUUCCGGCCUGGCGUUGCUCAAGAAGCGCGCCAGUUCGAGGGAGCAUCAGGGGAGCAGGGCCGAAACAGCCCUCAGCCUACCAACACCGAUCGUGAUGGCGCGGACCCCGACAAGUUUAAGGAGCUCUUAACUAAGUAUAAGAAUGUAAAGCGCCUGUACUUUGAAGGCAAGACGCAGAUCGACAACCUCAAACCUCAGAUCGAGCAGCUGCAGAAUGCGCUUGCGAAUCAGCGCAUGUCCCAAUCGCGCACCGCUCUCGACGACAGCGAAUACAUAACGAGAUUCAACCGUCUCAAUGGUGCUAUUAACAACCUCUCAUUCAACAUUCGAAAGGACUGGCGUACGAUACCGCAGUGGCUGGACAUGUUUGUCAGUAUCGAUGCGCUCAAGACCGGAAAGCAGGAGAUGACAGCAGUCGGCCGCGCCGUCAUCACAAGAUGGAUUGUAGAAGAAAUCUUCAACAAGUGCUUCCACCCUGGCCUCAACUUCGACCUCAGCCGGCAAUUGAAGGAGAUUGAGCUUAACAUCCGACGCUUCUCCUACACCAUGACCAGCCAGGAAGAGUUCGACGCCCUGACGAGCAAGGUCGUCAGCUGGCGGAUGGCUACGCUGGAGGGUCUUCAGCGGGUUCUGAAUUCUCCGGAAAGUGCCGACAACCGAGCGGACUUCACCCGCAUGUGUACGUCCAACCUCACAGCGACCUUGUUCCAAUACAUGACAGAUCCACCACCCGCCGGCGUUGACGGCAGCGCCUCCAUGAUCGUGGAGUUGGCUGUCGGCAUCGCAGCCAACCUUCCACUCGAAAGCAGAGAUGUUGCGAUUAAUUACCCCCUGCCUGGAGACCCCGUCCAGCCCAACAUCAUGGACGUGGAAAAGACCCCGCUCCCGCCCCUGGAUACCCCCAAACCCGAGGGUGAGGCGGAGGGUGACGAGGGAGACAAGGAUAAGAACAGCAAACCCCAGCGGGCCGAGAAGAGCAAGAGCGGUAUGUUCACUACUAUACUCGGCGGCGGAACGCACGCCGGCCGCAAGGGCAGCACUGCGUCGUCAAUUGUGCCCGCAAGUACUGAUGCUGCCCCUCCCUCAGCUCUCCCACCCAAAGACAGCAAUGUCGUGCGGCUUGCAGGCUUCCCAGCUGUGGAAGUUCGGGGUCGCCAGGUGCUCGUGAAAGCUACAGUGUGGACGGUUUGA